AUGACGGGUUACAAGGCCGACACCCGAGCAUUCAUUCGCGAUACAGAUGAUACCCUACUUAAGUGGGCUGACUUUAAGCGCGUAGCCUACGUCGUCCACGAUGGAGAGCGGAUUGGGUUAAACAACAGCCACCUGAUAACGCUGUACCCAGACGAAACGGCAUCGGUAUCGAAGUCUUCAAGUUCUUCCGGUUGGUUGACGGAUGGUAAUAGUGUUGACCCUUGUUCACCCGACAAAAGGGGUGCGAACUGCAAAUCAAUGUCUCUAAAUAUGUGGAGACAUACGGCCGGAGCCCGAUUCUUAUCAAUGGGGAUUCUCAUUCCUACAGCUAUUCAUCAUGCUUAUAUGUCUAGGUAUCUGGUCAUGCGGGCUAUGCUUGAUGUGGCAUAG